GCCUGUGGGUUGCACUCUUCCUUGAGAGCAUCCUGGUCUGGUGCUGCAGGUGUCUGGAGAGACUCAGGCGCUUGUGCCAAGUUAGGGAAGGGGUGCUGCUAAAGAGGCCCCCUUCCCUUCUGGGUCUCCAUCCCUCAUUUCACUCACCAGUGUGUGUGACCUUCCUUCCUCCCAGGCAGUUCUGGCCCAACAAGACAGCUACCUGGAAAUGCAGCGGAGUGCUCUGCUGGACCGGGAAAAGCAGUUCCGCCUGCAGUCGACGCGAGGAAGCCUCCUUUUGGAGCAGGAACGCAAGCGCAACUUUGAGAAGCAGCGGGAGGAGCUGGCUGGGGUCCAGAAGCUGCAGAGCCAGCUGAAGGCCGAGCAGCAGCGGUGGGAGCGUGACAGAGACCGCCGGCAGCGGGAGAUGGAGGCGGCUGAGGCCUGGCUGCACGAGCGUGAGGAGGAGGCUCGGCGGCUGUGCGAGCGCCUAGGCCAGGAGCGGGAGGAGCUAGAUCGCCACCGGGAGGCCUACCAGCGUGACCUGGAGCGCCUGCGUGAGGCCCAACGGGCCGUCGAGAAGGAACGUGAGCGCCUUGAACACCUGCGCUGGUUCAAGAAGCAGCACACCCUCUCCACCAUCCCUGCUGCCACUACCAGUGGCGCCUUCUCCCCUGAGAUGGGCCAGGCACAUGCCUUGAGUCACUCAGUCAGCUUUAAUGGCGAAGGGCCAGAGGGAAGUAUACCGCUGCCUCCACUGCUGCUGGCAAAACCAGGUGGGCGAACCAGCGUCUCGAGGAUGGAUUAUCUUGAACGGGCUGAGCCGGGUCGCCGGGACAGUGCAGCACUGGAGCAAGGGGUCCGCCCCGUACUUGGCUUGAAGAAUGAGGUGCCCAUCCAUCUGCUGAGCGCCACCAACCAGAUCCAGAAGCAGGCAGCUAUCCAGCAGCAGAUCCCCACCAAACUGGCCACCUUCACCAAAGGCUGCAAGGAGAAGGCUGGAGGCAGUGGAAAGGGCAUGAGGGGGGCCUCACACAGAACUGACAGCUCCGCCUCCGUCGACAUGAGGCAGCUCUUCCCUCCUCGGAUGGCCAGCAAGGAGGACCCUCUCUCACAGAGCAGGCAUUCCACCAGCCCGGUCUUUCCGCACAGCCAGAAUGUUGCCUUCCUGUCAGCAGAGCCAACGGGCACUCCGGAAAGCAGCCACCCCACAGUGCCAUCCCUGCAAACGCCACCACCUACCUCUGCCAACCUCUUCAAGCCCAACAGCGUCCACGCCCUUCCGCCUGCACUGGAUGAUGCCACCAAGGAAGACGUUAUUUUUUUCUGACCACCUCUCAUCGGAUCAUGGGUUUUGAGAUCCUCUGCCUUGGCCCAGUUCGCUUGGGCAGCAACCCAGUUGGGCAGUUCCCCCAGAAAAAUUCUGCUUCAAAACUGAGGAGGCCUUUUGCUUUCAUUUCAUGUAAGGUCCUUUUGGGUGGGUUUAUUUGGAUCUGCAUAUAUGAGUCCCUUGGCUUGUGCCCUUCUUUCUUUGCAAAGCAAGAGGCAGCAGCUUGAAAGAUUUUUGGGAUUCUGACGGACGCCCUUUUUGCAGCUGUGUUUUCCAGUGACAUCUUGGGUUGUGGUCUGGAGAGGAACUGAGCAGCCCAGGCACUCCAGGAGAGCCCCCCCCCCCCCCGUCUUCUUCCACACAGUGCAGGCAGAUUCUCCAGGGCAACUUUGGUUGUUCCUCCCCCAUUCUCCCCCUCUCUUUAUCUUUGUUCCUGCCAAAGACUGGCCCCCAGUCCAAAGCCAGCCUGACAGCUGGCUCUGCAGUUCAAACCCUUUCUAAAGAGAUGGAGGUGAGCUGAGGGACAGAAGGGACGCAGCAAAGCACCACUGCAGGUGCCAAAAUCUCACCUGUGGCCCCCUACAAAGGGAAUGGAGAACCUUGCAGCCAAAGCAAAGUCAACUUGUUCUCCGUCUUUUGUCCAUGUUCCUCCUUUGUGCCACUGGCCACAGUGUUAAUGUGUGGCUUCUCCUGCUCUGAUCUGGUUCCUCAUCUCUGUGAUCCAGAACAGGACAGGAUUUUCCAAGUAUUUGACAAGGAAGCACCCCCCCCCCCUUGCUCCCCCUUGCUCAGAGCCCCCUGUUUGGGUUUUGACCUCCUGUUGUCUUUUGCUUGCAUCAAAGGAAUCUUUCAGAAGGGACCUUGCCUUCUGCAAGCUGGCUUCCCACUGGAUCCCCCUCCUUGGUGGGAUCCAUUUUCUUCAAAAUGGGGCCUACACUACAUUCCAUCAAUCACUUUAGGAGAAUGAAAAAUAAUAGAGAGACAAACCUUCAUGCCUUCACCCCAGACUUAACCUCUGCUACGUCACAAUGAUGUGCAGGGCACUGUGAGCACCCCCUGACCGUUAGGCAAUUUUGCAAUGCAACAUGGACUUUUGAAGGGAAGCCUUUUUCAGUCUGUGGGCCAUGUCCUGUCUCGUCCUUUGGACUGUU